GCGUCAGGGGGAGCUGGGGGGGGGGUGGCGCAGCAGCAGCAGCAGCAGCUGGGGGGGCGAAGGACGAUAACAGGCUGAAACGGGCGUCCACGUUUCUGUGUAGAGUGAGGUUCACCAACGCGCUGCCAGAGCCAGCGUCGCAGCCGAAGCUUAUACCUCUCGGGGGCGACCCACACCGGUACUCGUCGUACCACGUGUCAACCUUGGAGGCGGAGCACCGGCACCGGCUGCACGUGGAGCCGGAUUUGGGCAUUCCCCUUGACCUGCUUGACUUGUCUGCGUACUGCCCCCCUCCCCCCGCCCAGCGCCCAGCGCUGCACCCAGCGGACGCGGACCUCUUGAGAGACGACGAUGCGAGUGUGAAGCAGAGGGAGGGCGUGGGGGCCGCAGGGGGAGCGGGCGGAUCGGGGCCCUUCCGAAUCAAAGACAGGCCCACAGAUGCGGGGUUGAACUGGCUUGUGCACACACAGUACAUCUCUGCUGCUGGUGCUGGCUCUGCCCCUAAGAAGAGGGUGCUUAAUGAGAAGGAGGCGAAGCUGCUGGCUCUGCAGCUGGAGCUGGCAGACGAGCAGAUAUACAGUACGAGGGAAGGGCAGAUCCGGUACAUCGAGGAAUCUUUCCAAGCUGCCCGAAAGCCACCCGUGCACCCGUCCAACCCAGCCCUGGAGGCAGUGGAGAUUCUCCCCGUGCUGCCCUUCUUCUCUCUCUCCGACCGCCAGUUUGUGCAUCUGGUGUUCGACGACACGCCGCUUGCUGACUCGCCCGCACACAUGCACUUGAAGGAGGAGCAGAAGAAGGAGAUGGAAGCACGGGCUAUCAUGAAGAAUUUCAAGGUGGCAGCACCAGGGGGGGGAGAGCCGCAGUCAUUUGUCGCCUACAUGGUUCCCAACAAGCGAGAGCUAGGGAAGGGGCUGAGGGAGGGGGAUAGUGCGCGCUACGACUGGGUGCGAGAAUACCACUGGAAGGUGGCCAAGGGAGAGCAAGGACGAGGAACCUUCCUCUUCUGCUUCAACAAGGACAGCGUCUCUUACCUGCCCAUCCACACUAAGCUAUCCGUGGCAAAGCGGAAGGCCAAGGAGGGAGGCAAGGCGAAGGGCGAGGAGGGAGAGAGAGUAGAACUGCCAGUGCCCUCCAAGAUCACAGUGCACAAACGAUCAGGGGAAGAUGCCGAGGAGGAUGAAAGGGAGGAGGGAAAGAGAAGGGACAUGGAAGAGGAGGAGGAGGAAGAGGAUGAUGGAAGGAGAGGGAGGGGAGCGAGGCGGGGUAGAGACGAGGAGGAGGAGGACGACGAUGACGAGAGAAGGGAGAAGAGGCGGAGGUAUGGGAGUGAGGAAAGAGAGGAGAGAGGGGGGAGAGAUGAGAGGGGUGAGGGCAGGAGGACGGAUGGAAGUGACGAGGAGGGGGAUCGGCAUGAGAGGGAGCAGCGAAGAGGGGCCGGCAACAGGCAUGGUGGCAGCGACAGGGAGGAGGAGGAGGAGGAGGAGGAGGAGGAGGAGGAGGAGGAGGAGGAGGAGGAGGAGGGGAGGGUUGAUCGGGGGCAUCAGCAGAGGCAGAAGGGGCGCACAGCGGAUAGUGGCAGUAGCGGUGGUGGUGGUGGUGAUGGUGGUGGCGGUGGAGGCAAUAGUGAGAGUGAGAGUGAGAGGAAGGGAAGGGGGGACGAGGGAGGGAGAGGAGGAAGGCAAGGAGGAGCAAGGUUUGAUAGCGAUGAGGAGAGAGGAGGGGGAGGGGGGGUGAGAGGCCGCAGGCGGGGGGUAGUUGAGAGCGAUUCAGAGUGAUUUGGAGUGGUUACAGGUGACUCAGAAUGGUUCCAGCAACCUAGUAUGGUUCAGAGUGACGGUUACGCAAGAAUUUUUCACAAUUCACCCUGAAUGUAGGGAAGGGAAUUGGGAAGGCUUGGAGAUGAACGAAAGCUGCGGGAGCCUGGGUUGGGUUGGGUGGGAACGACGUGGUGAUGGGUUGGACGAACUUGGAUGGUGCCGAUGAAGAAUAACCAGUGAGUCAGUCAGUGUCAAUCAGCAGUACCGUAUCUUGAGACGCCUCAGAAAACGGCUCUGGGUAGGCACUAGGAUGGUUGAGACACCUCUAGGUGAGACUAUGGGAGGGUGGUAAUUAGGGUUGCAGAGGGUUUUGGAUUGGAUGGUGAUGGGGAGGAAUAGCCAGUACCAUCAACAUAUCUUAAGAUGCCUUGGAAAAAGGUCCUGGGUAGGGUUGUAGAGGAGAUUUUGACCCGGGGAAACUGGAUUUCAUUUGCUAGCUGCAACAUUUCGGGGAAGCUCUUGGCAUUCCGUUGCAUUCGGUUAUCAGGGCUGACUUUAUCAGACUAAUUACUCUGAUUAGUCUGAAAUCUCAGACCUGUUUUUUGGCCAAACCUGAAUUUCCAGAUAAGACAUUUUCCCAAUCCUGAUCCCUUCAGAGUACGGUUCUAGGGAUCCUGAGAAAAUCAGAGUUGUCGCUAACCCAGUACUGAGUUUUCAGAGCACAGCGCGUACAGACCCUGACUCAUUACCUGUAUAGUACCAACCUUCGGAAAAUUUGGUGAAGUCCCCAAUCGCUAGAGACAUGCCCCACACACCCCACAACCCCUAAAUUUUUUUGGCCAAGUCCCCGAACCCUAGAGACAACCCCCACCCCACACCCCACAACCCAUCUAAAAUUUCGGCCAAGUCCCGGAACACUAGAGACAUCCCCCACACACCCCACAACCCACCCUAAAUUUAGACUAAGUCAUGUUGUCAGAUACAGUCCUCCCUAACACCUGGAACAACCCAGAAGUUUUGAAUGAGACUUUCACACUUUUUUUUAAACUGCAUUGGAAUGAGAGUAAAUUCCGCAUUUUUAACAUAGGGAAAUUCUCGCCAGUUGCCCGUUUGGUCAACUGAAAGUCUACCAAAAUGUAACGGUCACGAUCGUUUGCGAUCGUUUCGACAUAUAUCAAUCGUUCGAUGUUAUGUUGUGAUUAACAUCCAAGAUUUCCCCACCGGGGCGCUGCAAGGGCGCGAAAUUUCUCCCACCGUCCUAUUCCCCAGCUUCCCCCCUCCCUGUCGUUUCGAUUCCCCCCCCCUCCCCUCUGUUUCAAUCACUUCCCCCUUCCUCU